AACAUGGUGCAAUAUAACUUCAAGAAGAUGACUGUUGUACCCAGUGGGAAGGACUUCAUUGACAUUAUCCUGUCUCGCACCCAGAGGCAGACCCCAACUGUAGUCCACAAGGGUUAUGCCAUUUCCCGCCUUCGUCAGUUCUAUAUGCGUAAAGUAAAAUAUACCCAACAGAAUUUUCAUGAGAAGCUAUCCACAAUCAUUGAUGAGUUUCCUAGGCUGGAUGACAUCCACCCUUUCUAUGGCGACCUUCUUCAUGUUCUCUACAACAAAGACCAUUACAAGCUUGCACUUGGCCAGAUCAAUACUGCAAGGAACCUUAUUGGUAAGAUUUCCAAAGAUUAUGUGAAAUUGUUAAAGUAUGGUGAUUCACUUUACCGAUGCAAAUGUCUCAAGGUCGCUGCUCUUGGCCGCAUGUGCACGGUUAUAAAGAGGAUUGGUCCUAGUUUAGCUUACCUAGAACAAAUUAGGCAACACAUGGCAAGGCUACCUUCAAUUGACCCUAAUACCAGGACAGUAUUGAUUUGUGGCUAUCCGAAUGUUGGAAAGAGCUCAUUCAUUAACAAGAUCACUAGGGCUGAUGUGGAUGUCCAGCCUUAUGCUUUUACCACCAAGUCACUCUUUGUGGGACAUACAGAUUAUAAGUACUUGAGGUACCAGGUAAUUGAUACACCCGGGAUUUUGGACCGCCCAUUUGAAGACCGUAACAUUAUUGAGAUGUGCAGCAUAACAGCCUUGGCUCACUUGAGAGCUGCGGUCUUGUUUUUCUUGGAUAUCUCAGGGUCUUGUGGGUACAGCAUUGCCCAACAGGCAGCUCUUUUUCACAGUAUUAAGUCUUUGUUUAUGAACAAACCAUUGAUUAUAGUCUGCAACAAGACUGAUUUGCAGCCACUGGAGAACAUAUCUGAGGAAGACAAGAAGUUGGUCACGGAGAUGAAAGCUGAAGCUAUGAAGACAGUGAUUGGUCAAGGAGGUGAGGCUACCAAUGAUGAGGGGGUACUCUUGACCAUGAGUACUCUGACUGAGGAGGGGGUUAUUGCUGUAAAGAAUGCAGCUUGUGAGAGGUUGUUGAAUCAGAGAGUGGAAUUGAAGAUGAAAUCCAAAAAGAUAAAUGACUGCUUAAAUCGUUUUCAUGUUGCAAUGCCAAAGCCACGUGACAAUAAGGAAAGACCCCCAUGUAUACCUCAGGCAGUUUUAGAAGCUAAGGCUAAGCAAGCAGCAGAGAAGGAAAAGAGAAAUACAGAAAGGGAUUUGGAGAAUGAGAAUGGUGGUGCAGGUGUAUACUCUGCCAGUUUGAAGAAGAAUUAUAUCUUAGCUAAUGAUGAAUGGAAAGAGGAUGUCAUGCCAGAAAUUCUUGAUGGGCACAAUAUAUACGACUUUGUUGAUCCUGAUAUUUUGCAUAGGCUUGAGGAAUUGGAACGAGAAGGACACCGUCAGGCAGAGGAGGGUGAUGAUGGUUUUGAGAUGGAUGGAUUGGAAUUGACUCCAGAAGAGCAAAAGACAUUGGCUGAGAUAAGGAAAAAGAAAAGCUUGCUCAUUCAACAACACAGAAUCAAGAAAAGUACAGCAGAGAGUCGACCAACUGUACCGAGGAAAUUUGACAAGGACAGGAAGUUCACAACAAAGCGAAUGGGGAGGCAGCUAUCAAAGUUGGGACUUGAUCCUACUAAGGCAAUUGACCGAGCUCGAAGCCGAUCUGUCUCAACUAGGGGCCGGAAGAGGGAGAGAUCACUUGACAGGGAUGAUACUGAUGGUGGAGAUGCUAUGGAUGUAGAUACACCCAACAAGAAGCAACGCAUGUUAUCUAGAUCCCGUUCGAGGUCAAGAUCAAGGCCUCCAACUGAAGUUGUCCCUGGAGAGGGAUUCAAGGACUCUGCUCAAAAGGCUAAGGCACUACAAAAGGCCAAUAAAUCUAAUAAGAUGAGAAACAAGAAUGCUCGUCGUGGAGAGGCAGAUAGGGUCAUUCCAACUUUAAAACCAAAGCACUUGUUCUCUGGAAAGCGAUCAAUUGGAAAAACUCAAAGGCGUUAAAAUAUUUGAGGUACUCAGACACAUUGCCCCACUUUCAGGGAGGUAGGUUUGUGAUUUGCUGUAUUAUGCACCAUGGAGUGUACUUGCUGCUGAAAAAAAACUUAGUUCUUUCAUUUCUGGUUCGGCAGGAGAUUGCAGCACUCGAGAUCAUGCUACCAGAGUCUCACAGUUUCCUUAUUUUUCAGUUCUGUUUUUGUUUAGGAAAUUUUGGAUCCGAGGCAUGCCUCAAUUACAGUUUUUUGAGUGGAUUUGGAUUUACAGACAAAUAGUUGUCUUUACCCUUUGCUUUUGUAAUUUUCUCGUUUGACGAUAUGUGAAACUUGGCCCAAGUUAAAUUGCUAUUUGUUUGUUUUAUUCAUCUU